AAAUAAAUAUAUAUAAAAAUGGUUGUCCCAGUUGGUAUUAAUGGUUUUGGUCGUAUUGGUCGUCUCGUUUUAAGAGCUUCAUUAGAAAACCCAGGUUGCAGAGUUGUUGCCAUCAAUGAACCAUUCAUGGAUGUUGAAUAUAUGGUCUAUAUGUUCAAAUAUGACUCUGUUCACGGUCGUUUCAAAGGUACCGUUGAAAAUGUCAACGGUGAAUUUGUUGUCAAUGGUAACAAAAUCCACGUUUUCGCUGAAAAAGACCCAGCAAACAUUAAAUGGGGUGAACAAGGUGCCGAUUAUAUUGUUGAAUCAACUGGUCUUUUCUUAACUACUGAAAAAGCUGGUGUUCACUUAAAAGGUGGUGCUAAAAAAGUUAUUAUCUCUGCCCCAUCAACUGAUGCUCCAAUGUAUGUCAUGGGUGUCAAUGAAGAAACCUACAAAUCAGAUGUUCAUGUUCUUUCAAAUGCUUCAUGUACCACCAAUUGUUUAGCUCCAUUAGCUAAAGUUAUCCACGAAAACUUUGGUAUUGUUGAAGGUUUAAUGACCACCGUCCACGCCAUCACUGCCACCCAAAAAACUGUUGAUGGUCCAUCAGGUAAAGAUUGGAGAGCUGGUAGAUCAGGUCUCACCAACAUCAUCCCAGCCUCAACUGGUGCUGCUAAAGCUGUCGGUAAAGUUAUUCCAGAAUUAAAUGGUAAACUCACUGGUAUGUCAUUCCGUGUUCCAAAUGCUGAUGUUUCAGUUGUUGAUUUAACUGUUCGUCUUGAAAAGAAAGCUACCUACGAAGACAUCAAAAAAGUCGUUAAAGCUGCUGCCCAAUCAGAUAAAUUAAAGAGAUUCAUUGGUUACACUGAAGAUGAAGUUGUCUCAUCAGAUUUCAUUGGUGACACCCACUCAUCCAUCUUUGAUGCCAAAGCUGGUAUCUCAUUAAAUGAUAACUUUGUUAAAUUAGUUGCCUGGUACGAUAACGAAAUGGGUUAUUCAACUCGUGUUAUUGAUUUAAUCUGUUAUAUUGCCACCAAAAACUAAAUAUAUUUAAAUAAAAAGAAAAAAAAAAACUUUAUUUUUUAUUUUUCCCUUUUUUGUAAAUAAAUAAAUAAAAAAAAGAAGUUUCUUAUUAAUCAAACAUUU